CAAAGCAGAACAAAUAGUUUGCCUGUUGACAGAGAGAAGGGCGCUUCUGCAGAUAAAAAUGUUCUCUUAUCUAAUGUUUUCCCCGUUUACAACGCUGAGAAUGAAGAAAGUGAAGAUGGAGUUGAAUUGCAAUCCGUUGACAACCCCGAGAAAGUAAUUCCUCUCUAUACAUCAGAAAGUGUGUUUGUGAAAGUGUUCAUGGUUCAUGGUAGCCCCAAAUCAGCCCUUGCUUUGGCAUCAUUUGCACAAGGUUUCCAAAAACAGGCCAAGAUUGCAUUGUAUGGUAUUGGAGUAGAUGACACGUCGAUUGAGAAGAGUGACUAUGGAACAGUGCUGACACUCGCCCGAAGAUAUGUAGAUUUAAUCAGAAAAAUACAGCCAAGCGGUCCAUUUUAUCUUGCUGGCUACUCCUUUGGUGGCAUGGUGGCUUACGAAAUGGCGAGUGAACUAAAAAGAAAUAAUGAAACUGUCGCAAUGGUGUGCAUGGUGGAUACGUACGGAUGGCACCCUAAAGCUUUGGCAAACUCCAACGAAUUCGUGAGAAAAUUUGCCGAGCAUAAGUUGAAGUUGACUGAAAAAUAUGUGACAAGAAAACUAAUCGAAAAAAUGGCCUUCGCUGAACUGGGUAUAAAUAAAGAUACCCUCAAUAAUUUCUAUGGAGAAUUACAAGACGACGUGAAAGUCAUUGCGGCGUUAGAGAAUCAAGCUGCCGAAGAAAACCUUGUGUUUCCUUUGAAAGAAAAAGCAGAAAAACUUCAGUAUGAACUCAGAUCUGCCGCUGAGACUCACUUGGAUUGGCAACCUUCCAAGAUAUGCUACGAAGGGACAUUAACAUACAUAAGCUGUGAUGAAACAAACUCAUUCUCUCUCUCCACACCAGCGAUAUGGGGAACGUUAGUUGAGAGAAUGGAUUUGCUCUACGUUUCUGGACGUCAUCUAGAGCUAAGCGAGGAGACUCGCGCGGAAAUUUGUGGAUUCAUCAUGAUGACUACAGCAGCAAUGAACUAUCUGUCAAAAUUUUCAUACAAUAAAUUCCAGGCAGUUCGUUAG